GAAUUCGAGGGUGAUUUCCCUUUGACGUUUUCCUCCUUUCACAUCUCUCUUGUUGAAGAUCACAAUCAUCGUACCGCGUUUCCGUACAACAGCUAUCUUUGUUCUAUUCUGUCAAAGAGCAUCCAGCAUCCAGUCACCUUGUUGAGGCAAUUCAGUUUGAUCGUUUCAGCUACUUUAUUGCGGGGGCUCCUCGAGCGGUUCCAUUUUGUGAUCUCUCGUCAGAAUCAAAUCAGCGAGUUGUAUCCUCAGCCAAGGUUCACCCCAAAAAUCUCAGACCAUGGUCGAAGUUGUCAAAAAGGCCGCUUCCACGGCAAUGCUAAAAUUGGAUGCUCUCUCUCCUCCUUCCACUGCCGACAAAGGCCUUCAUGGAGACGAAACAGAAGAAUUGCUCCGCGGCGCCUUUGAUGAACUUGAGAAAGAACGAGAACGACGCAUCCAGUUGGAAGCCAAGCUCCGUUCUUUACAAGAAAAUCCGCCCUCUUCGCCAUCACAGCUACAAGAAAAGCCCACCGAACGGAAAUCACGUCGGCGAUCGUCCACGAAAUCAGAAGCCACGGCCAAGGCUGCUCCCAAACAAGAAGAACCGGCGGCCAUUCCACCCAAACAGUACGCGGCUAUGCAGCAGGAAUUGGAGGGGUACCGACAAAUUGUCAACGCCAUGACGCAAGAACGACCCGCCAUUGCGGCAGCAAUGCAAGCCAACGAAGCUCGACGUUCUGCCGCAAAAAUGGGACGGCCAAUGCCACUGCAAAAUCCAACGUUGCCUCUACACGUCUGCCGCUUGAUGGAGGUUUGCCCUUGGGAAGCCAAGGCGCAAGAACAUGCCUUUUCCACAGAGGAAAUCAUGGAAUGGCAAGUAUACAAUAUCAAACAACAAAAAUGGUGUACCGAGUUGAAUCAGCUUCCAUCUUUCUUUCAAGCCUUGCCGAUCCUCAAAGCCACGACAAAUUUCGUCCAAGAAGUCCCUCAACCCUCCGAAUCUCUUCGUCAACCAGGAAGAGACCGAAGUUUGCUCUUUUUCUUGGCGGGCUGCGAGACCAUGGGCAAUGGCACCGGGACCAGCGCAUCUCUCACGGCUCCUCCCGAAAAAUGUGUCCUUACCAAUGCUGGAAUCAGCCGCGUCGUGCAACUAGCAAAUGGUUUUCCUCUUCCCCACGAUGGCGGAACUUGGCAAUGGAUUGGCGGAUGGCGAAUUGAAAAGCGUGUCAUUGUGUUUGCUGGAGAUGGUUUGGACAACCGCCCGCAAACUCUAGACUGUGAUGGAGAUGGGUGGAGCUACGCGAUGGAUGCAAGUGAUUUUCUCAAGGAGAACCCAGAACUGCACUGCUUUGAACAACCAGGCAUGGUGGAAGACAAAUUGACCCUCGAAAAGACAUCAUUCUUGAGCGGAAACAAGGUCGUGCGUCAUUUGGUCCCCAUUAGAAAGAUCCGACGCCGAAAAUGGACACGCCGUCGGGUCUUGGUGGACUACCCUCAUGCGUCGGAACAAUCAAAGCACUUUUUGCGGCUUUUGGCGCAGAAUGCAUCUUUGACGUUUGCCGCCAACAAGAUCAGUGAUCAGUUGGUCGAAACCAAGAUGAAGCUCACAGACAUGAAGCUCAAGACCUUUCAAAACGAGGAAGAAACCAAAGCGAAGGUGUCGCAGCUCAAGCAGGAAAUCAAGCUCAAAGAAGAAGCAAUUGUCAAGCUCAAGCAGCAGAAGCUCGUGGAAAAGAAAACUACGGGCAACGGCACCACACAGAAACCCAGCAGUAAGGGCCAGACCACGACCGCCAACAAGGAGACAACAGUGGAGAUGGACAAGGACUAUGACUCCGCGAAGAAGGAUGUCGAUGAAGCUCCCAAGGAAAUGAAAGAAAAGGAGCUUGAUUGCACGCAGAAUGAGGACUCCCGUCAGGGAAAAGAUCUCCAUUCGAUGUUGUCCCAAUGGAUUUCCCCGAACAGCAAGGUCACUGUGAUUUCGAACGAUCAGAUGGCAGAAUGUUCUGAUACCGAAAACCCAGUCUCGGGCGAUUCUUCGACAGCGUCGGCCCCGGCGGCGCUGGAAGAGGAACCCGUUGGGGAAACUCAGCAGCAGGCAGACGAGGGCAAGGAAACUGUUGCGGAAGACAAUGCUGACGACAGCAUUAGCCGCAGCCGGAGAAACAGCGUUAGCAGCACGAGUAGUCAAAUGUCAUUCGACUGGAAGAAGCUAGGGCGCGAAACGAUGGAAAAGCUCAAGCAAGGACAAGCUGCAGCAGCCAACGGUCCGCUCCUAUGGCUAACUCCGAAGGAUAAAGAUUCCUCGGGAUCCGAGAGGGGAGAGUCAACUCCAAGAUCCACAUCACCAACUGCCGGAUCGGAGGCGAGCAUGGAACCUUGUCAGAGCGACGACUCUGAUGCAACAGGAUGGUCUCAGCCAUCAAACGUUGCGGGGCCUCCACCUCCACAGAUGACUGUCGGUGCUUGAACAUGGACAUCGGAAUUUACAUACCAUAGUAGCUAAGAGAGCAAUCAUGAUGUGCCCAGGCGGAGGAAACUGCUUUCAACCUCCCAAGAAUGCCAUCAUGAGAGGCUUUGCAUUAGAAUGAAUAACCAACUUUCAUAUUUCACG